CUUUAAAUGGCCAUAAGCGGGGAGAUAUGAUUCAUUUCAGACAGGAUUCGAAGUGGAAAUGUAGUCUCGGAGACGUUAGCAGUCAGUUAAGCAUAUAAGAAAUGUCAGUUAGUUUAAAGUACAUCACAGCUAUUUGUAUUUCAUGGGAAGAAAACACAAAAGAUCAAAGCCAACAAACUCAGAACUUGAAGCAGAGAAGCAGCGUGAGAAAAUAAGAAACUCCAUUUUGAAAGUUUUUCGAGCAAGGCUUUCAAACCCUAAUGGUGGAGGGGCCUUACUGGUAGGCAAAGACACUGACGUGUCCCCACCUGAACACUUGUCAAUCACUAGUCGUACCCAGAAUGAUAGCUCCUCCUCCAGCAUGAGUGACAGUGAUGACAGUCUUAGAAAGGCAAGUCAAGGACAAACUCGAACCAGGAGGAAGAGGAGGUGCAAAAGAGGACAUAAGAGGUCAAAGGUCACUUCUAAAACACAGAAUGAGAAAUCUGCUGCAACAAGGCAUCUAAGGGCUGUUCAUGAUGUUCGGGAUGCCUUACAUGAAUCUGCUGAAAAGGGACAGGACAAAAUUAGCCUUAUAACUGUGAACAGAUUAACAAAUAAAGUUGGUUUAUUUAACAAGGGAAGGAAGUCUGAAACCAUAUCCAGAGAUAUUCAUGUUUCCGACUCUGUGAAAAAGAAAACGGAAGAUGACCUUAAGAACAUAGUAAACCACAGCGAUGAUAAUGGACUACCUGUUACUAAAGACGUUGAACCACCCAGUUCUGUUAAUAUCAAGAAUUUCAAUCUGACAACAAAUGAAGAUAUUCUAUCAGGUGCUAGUGCUAAACUGACACAUUUAAUCAGACAUAGUUCUGAGCAGACUCAUACCAGGUCAAGUGUUCUGAGCUCAGGAGAUCAUAGCAGACUCAGUUCUAAAAUGUCCAUCACUCCAGUGUCAGAACCAAGCAACAAGCAAGUCAACUCAGCAGGGUCGUGUAAGAGCACAGGUAGUUGUGGCACAGAAGAGAAAAUGCCAGAGAGUCCACCAUAUGAGGAAAUUGCACAGCAGCUAAUGUUUACUGUCAAACCAAGACUUGUGUUUCCAGGACAAAGCAUUUUAGAAGAAACACGAGAGGAAUUACAGAAACUAAUGAGACAAAAUGCUCCGAGAUCAGCAACUCCAACCCCAAACUUGUUAAAACUUGGCAGUGCAUGUACAGGAUCAGUGAAGAGGUCCCUACUAGAAAGAUUUCCACCUGAGAAUGGCCAUACAGAUAGUAAAAGCUACCCAAAUAUGGUUGGACAAUCCGAGAAGAUCACUUGUGUUGACUCAGAAUUUCUUGAUAUUCCAAAACCACAGAGAAACAACACAUCCAUCACUUCAAACAUUGUCACCGAUGCUCAAGUUUUGUUGAAGUGUAAUGACCUUGCUAUUACCGUGUCUGAACAUCGAUACUCACCUUUACCUAACAAAGACAAAAUUCAAAACUUUAAUCCAGAUGCAAGAAAUAUUUUACGCCACAAUGACUCAGAGAGAGCCAAGAAAUUGAUAACGAUCCCACAGUCCAGACAUGGUGAACAGGAGUUUCUACAAAGUAGAUCGCAACCGAUGACAGUGUUUAGAACAAAACAGAGGGACCAUCUGCAACUUCAUCCAGAUAUCCAUCAUGGUAUUUCCAUGGAUACCGAUGAGUGUUCCACCAGAGAACGAGAGUCCAGCCAGCAUGAUUCCCAGUCCUCCAGACACAGUCUUCACAGUUCCCAGGCAUCUUCCUACAGUCAUACUGACAGGAGGUCCUUACACUUUAACCAAGUAGGCGAAGAAAACAAGGCAGUUGUUGCAGAGUUGCGGCACUACCCAGAAUGCCUAUUACAGAACAGCACAUACUAUAGUGAUAGUGUGGAUUAUAUGAUGCCCCAUGACAGACAUUCCACUCAUCAGGUACACAAAUUAAAGACAAAGGAACCCAUGGAUUUUAUUGAUAUGCUGGAUGACACUCGGCCCAAAUCCAAGUCCCCAGUUGCAGCAGUCAAUAUGUUGAAGUCAGCAACUCCAGAUUCUGACGGUUCUCCUUUGUGGCUUCCUAUUCCACCCCCACUUCCGAAGAAGCCAACAUUUGACACACCUAGCCCUCCAGAAAAACUAUACCCUCGUCUUCUCUAUUGAAGGAAAUCUGCAUCUACUGACCAGGUUCUGUCAAUAAAUACCAAAUUCCAAUAUAUACAACAGAUAUAUCAAGGGAAUUUCUCUAGACUGUACUGGUACCAAGUUUUGUGAAGGAAAUACUCAAUGAAUGGAUUGAUAAAAUUCCAUUUAACUGUAGGUAUAUUGCGAACAAAAUCCUGACAAAUGAAGUCAGGAAAUUCCACCAAAAUGUAGAUAUUGUGAAGAUCUGAAGGUAUAUAUUGUGAAGGAAACAGUCCAAAUACCAAACGAUUGAAUUGGGUGUAACAUUCAUCAACUCUUCAGAGGGAAAUCUCCUGAAUUGAACAGAUACUGUGAGUUUUUCAAAGGGGUGCUCCUCCCGACUACUACUGUCAUGGAUACCUUGACAAGGGAUUGAGGGAUUCCCUCGAGCUUCCUGGACUUUCCCCUUUGGUUAAUUUUGGUAGCUUAUUAAUAAAAAUGUCAUUGCGUCAUUUUGCGAAAUCAAUUACAAGAAAUUUCCAGUUUGUGAAUUUAUUUCAUUUAAUUAAUUAUGGUAUGUUAUUUAAGUAAAUUAUACAUGCUUUUGUUUCAUCAUUACAACUCCUUGUAUGUCUAAAAGUUUUUUCUGUUCUUCUGAGUUUAUUUCCAAUCUUUUUUUUUUUUGACAUUUCAGUUAACUAAAUGAAGUCAAAUAUUUUAAACAAAUAUGUAAAUAAAUUGUACAUAAUAUUAAAUAUAUUGUCAACAUGUUUUAAUUGAUGCUGUAGUUAAAUAAACAAAACUAUAGACCAAACUUCUGGUCUAUUUGUUUUAAUUCAUAAUGUUUCUAAAUUAUGAUGACAAAAUUUCCUUCUGUCUUAUUGGUCAUCAUAAUGCAAUAGGAUUGCAGAUCUGUACAAAAUGUUUAAAAAAAAUGUUUUGUCUGAACAAGACAAACCUUUUCUUGAUCUAUUAAUAAUUAAUUACACAGAACCA